UUCUCUCCCAGCUAUCUCGCCAUUAUUUCCAAUCAGAAGAAGUGAAAUAAACUAAUUGAUUCAAUAAGUAAAUAACAGUAUCAUCAAGGAAAAAGUUUACUUUUUAGUUUCUGUUGAUUUCAGUGAGUAAUCGCCAGUUCCGGCAAGAAGUCUAUUCUUCUCUAAUAAGAAAGAGUAAAGACUAAACGAACUAAUUUAUGAUAAAACAUGGAAUCCAUACGAAGAAAUGACUUAAAUAUCGCUUCAUACAAUAUCAGAGGUCUAAAAACUAAAGUAGAAAACAAAAACUUUAUGCAAUAUUUGCAUAAUUUUGAUGUUUUUAUAUUAAUUGAAACACACACGCUGCCCAAUGCCGAAGCAGCCGAGUUCUUUAAGGAUAACCAGCCGGAAUUCGAAUGUUUGCAUUGGAAGGAUGCAGAAAGAGUUUUUCGUUACGGUCGAGGAAUCGGUGGAUGUAUAAUUGGAAUAAGGAAGUCCCUCAUAGACCGGGGAGUAAGCCAUAGUAUUGUAGAUAUCAAUGGUUUCAAAGUACUGCAGUUGCAAGUACGCAAUAAAAAGAUGCAGAUCGUUCCACUAUAUAUUCGUUCGACCGAUUGGAACAAGGAGUUCAAGCCGGUGAUUAAAACUUUUGAAAAUACGGAAAAUACAAUGACUAAUGCAAUAGUAAUGGGCGAUGUCAAUGUCCGGUUGGGAGAACUCAAGCAAGAAGUGGACCAAUUCAACUGCAUCGCCAACACGAAUGGUCGCAGAUCCUUGGACAAAGAGAGGAACGAAAAAGGCACAAAGUUUUUGAAAUUCUGCGAUGGUCAAAAUCUUAAAAUACUCAAUGGUCUUACCCACGGAGACGCCGAGGGAAGUUUCACCUGCUUUGGGGGCAGAGGGAAUGGGAGAUCAACGAACGACAUCUGCGCAGUGAGCAGAAACCUUAUGUCUUUGGUUGUGGAUUUCAAAGUAGAUAGCGUUCAGCACGGAUCCGAUCACUUGGCCAUUUGCCUGCAGCUGAACCUUCAGUUUUUGACGGAGCCACCAGCACCCAGGGUUCCAUCAAUCCAACAGAAUAGUCAUAGUUUAGCUUCGCUUAAGGUGACUCAUGAAUCGGUAUUAGAUUCCGAUAUUUCCAUUGACGAAGUCAUGCAUGUUCUCAAACAAAUCUCCUUGCCGGGAUUUUCUAAAAACGCUGUAAAGGAUAUUGUCGGAGAAGUAACUCUUCGAUGCAAUAACAUAUUUAAUGGUUUAAAUAUAAAUAUUGAACCACACUCGAAUAUAGUCUCAACAAGUGAUUUAACAGAGAUUUUACAAGAUAUAGUUAAAAGAAGAUUGGUUAAAUGGUGCGAGGAAAAUAAUAUCCUAAGUAAUUAUCAGACACGAUUCUCCAAAAAGACACCCAAGUUAGACACAGUCUACAACUUGGCAACAAUUGUCAAUAUCCAGAUGAGCGAAAAAAGAAAGGUCUACGCGUUUUUUGUGCAAUUCGAAUCGAUCUUCUCGGAAGAUUUUAUUCAACAUUUAUGGAACAAACUUAACCGUCUGGGGGUGUCCUCAAAAGUAAUAAACUUUUUAAAAUAUUUAUACGAACGAGAAAAAUUAGUAAAUUACUUCCAAAAUAAAAAGGGGCUUCUAUCAGAGCUGAUGUAUUCCCUUUAUUUGAACGAUCUUCCUGAGAAAUUGGAGGGAGGCCUCUCCAUCGAUGAUCGCCAAAUAAAUAUUCUAAUGUAUGCUGAUAAAAUCGUACUUCUCUCGGACACCGUCAGCGGGCUUCAGGAUAUGAUCAACCGUUUGGAAAAAUACAACCUCAAUACCUCAACCUUUCUGAGGUAAUGGUUUUUAAGAGAGGCGGCAGAAUUUCAGGAGUUGAAAAAUGGCUUUUUAACGGGAAAAUGAUCAAGACCACUUCCAGGACAAAUUACCUUGGUUUCGAGAUCACUUCAACAUUCUCGUACACAAAGCAAGUCCAAUCAAUGAUUGCAGAUGCCAAGCCUCGCCUGGAGGACUUUCUCAAUGAAUCGCAUUGGUCGAAACUGAUGACUCGGUAUAUGGCUCCUUUGUGGGGCAGUCACAAAAAGAGUUAUAGCAAAGCGAUUGGACAACUGCAAAAAUCAUAUUUAAAAGGGAAUAGCAAUAAUAGUAUUAACCUUAAUAGCCUUGCUCUUAACCUAUACCUUAUGUACAUAGGACAAAUAUAUUUCUCGCAUUCUGAAAAUUCCCUAGUUGGCUAUUUAACACUUAAAAUAAUUGAAAAAAAUAUUAUGUGGGCUGAAAACCUUAAUUCUAUGUGUAGGAAACACAAACUCCAGUGGAAGGAAAGCCUUCAAAGUAGCGAACUUUGGGCUGAAUUCUGCACGACUCUGAUCAGCCUUGAAAAUUUAUAAAUUUUACAUAUUUGUUAUUGUUUUUAUGUGCAAUAUUUAAGUUAGUUUUUUAUGUUUAUAUAAAUAUUUAAGAAUUGUUGAUCUAUAAUAGAA